CUACUAACGCGGUCUCCGUCGAGAGAACAAAAAAUGUCGCUGUACUUGAUGUUCCCCUCCACGUAAAUAAAGUAGACCUUCUUGUCCAGUGAUUCUGAGUCCAAUUAUGGUAUUGCAAGAUGACUUUGGCACGACUGGAGUGGCAGAUUUGUUCAUAAGGGACCAACAAGGCGCACAAACGCGAGAGCAGGAUUUGAUUUCGCGAACCUCUACCCGGGUGGGCAACUUACGCGGACAACAAUCCGCUUCGCAAGACCCGGAACUGCAGCAGCACCAGCAGAAGGAGGUUGGUUGGGGCACCGUCGGAUUUCUGAUUGUGAUAAUUCUCCUUUUCGCGGGCGUGCAGUGCUUCAUCCUGUACUAUUCAAAUGAGUACGACAAGAAAAAAAGGUACGAGCAGUGGCUGCGCCAGAGGGGGUCUCUGCUGAGGAAUCACAGUGGAAACAACGGCUCCUCGUCGGGGACCAACAGUUUAAACAAUUCGAACCGGCGACGGGUCCUGAACGCAACUCCUUUAACGCCCAUCCUCGAGGGCACCGAGCUGGCCAAAGGAGAGCAGCAGGACGAGAACACGGAUUUGCCUUCGACUUUGUCGCCGCCAGGGGCAUCUACUUCUAGUGCCGGUACUGGGGCGCCGAGCGUCGAGUUAGCUUCUCCAACGACGACAACGCCUGGUGGAGGUUUUUCCUCGGGCAUUGCUGCAGGCGCAAGAACAGCUUCCUCGCUCGUACAGAAGAAGGUUCCGCUGUGAUUGAAUCAUCUCGGAGCAGCUGUUUUCAUCGUCUGUCGUGCUGACAGCAAAGAAGAAAGGAAUAGACGAACUUCUCGUCUUGUAGAACUUCUAGCAGGAGAGGAGCGCUACUACGAGAAGGAAAAACCAUGCCAUCCGCGGACGUUUCAACAUCCCUCGAUCCUGCGACCGAGAUGUCCACGGCCUCUCCCACAGCUGUAGAGACCACUACAACUCCAGCAGCCGCGAACCCGCGGCAGCAGAAGAAGCAGUGGGCCCGCGACAGCCACUUCGGUCCGGUCGUGAAGCAGUGCCUGAACCGCGUGUUGCACACCCGACCGAAGGACCCGUUGACCGCACUGGCCGACGAGUUGGGGAGGUACUCCAACACGAGUUUGAAACGGUGGCUGGACUUUGAAUUAAUCGAUUUCACGCUGGAGACGGUCGAGGGAGGCACGGGAAACAAUGGUGGGGAAUUACAGGGCGUCGAGGGCGGAGCAGCUGCCGCUUCCGUUACGGCGGGAGACGGUUCUUCUGUGCAGUUUGGGUUCCGCCCAGUUUUGUCCAUCCGCGGUUUUCCGGUCGUGUCUGAGGAGUUGAUCACCUGCCCGUUCAAACCCUGUCCCGAGGUGAAGGCGGAAGAGGACGCAACCAUCCAGUUUCCGGGGUACCCCGCCUCGCCGCCAGAGGGGGAAGAGGCGAUAGAGCUGAUUGGGAUUGGACUGAAAAAACUCACCGCAGUGCCGCUGUCUGAUGUCGAGAAGGUGAAGGUACAGCACCGCUUCAAGCAGAACUGCGCAAACGUGCUAGCGGCGAUCGUCGAGUCCCUCACGAGUCAAGACUGCGAUGCGGUUCUUCUACUCGACCAGAUUCUCUCCAACAUCGUCGAUAUGGAGCAAGAAAGGGUGAACACCUGCGUCGAAGAAGCCGUAGCAGCGGUCGAGGAAUUGCAAAGACUUGCCCGCUAUGCAUUGCAAAUUUUAGUUUCUGUGUCCGGUCGUGGUCGUCUUCUGAUGAUGCAAAUUCGAGAGAUUCUAGGAAAUUUCCGUUUUUAGCUGCGUCUUCAGAAUCAAUUACGUCUGACAAGUUUGGAAAAAGAUAGGUCUUGCAACCAGCUUCCAGAGGGCCCGGCCAGACACCAGAAUUGCAAUCCAUACCUUCGUCGGCGGCUCAGCCAACGCGAGCGAAGACGGGGGCAACAGCCCGCACGGGUCGCAGCACGGCAGCAACAGUCCGCCGGGCAGCCGGGAAGGUGGUCUCGGAGACCACGGAAGUGCUGGCGAGAACGGACCGGGCAAUAACGAGGACGAGGAGGAGGAGGGCGAAAAGUUCGACCCUUCCAACGCAGUCGCGGAUUGCCAUCCUUGCUUUACCAGAACGGAAAUGAAGCAGCUGCAGUGGUUAUCAACUGCAAAAAUGUCUGGGUCUGGAAGAAUGCCAGACUUGUCAUGCAGGUUUUCCAUGACCCAUGAGGUCUGGUAUGUAGGACAGAGCAUGACAGAUUCUGUGCGAGUGCUAUCAUGCCUAUCCCGCAUGAGAAACUGCCUCUCGAUUAGGUCAAAAGUGGUCAGCUUUAGUUGGUAAGCAUGCAACACAGAUUUUUAUACAUGAUUCAGAUUUAGCAUGACAGACCCAGACACUUUUGCAUUUGAUAGUGGUCGUUGCUCGAACUGAUCCGGAAAUACAGCGAUGAGGAAUUGAAACCCAUGAACGACGUCUUCCGACGGGAAUUGUGUACGAGCUCCAACAGCCUCCGCGACGUCGCUAUGCAGAACAAAAGUAUCUAUACACAGUCACGCAUUGUGAUGUAGAUGUUGCAGACCAACAAGCAGGGCAAACGAGUUUUGUCAUGCCGGAAAUUAUGCUUUCCCGCUACUGUAAUAUUUCAGGCAUGCUUUCCCGUAUGAUCUGCGCACUAAAGCUAGUGCAUGUAAAUAGUUUUCUUCGUCAACAGCAGAGCAAGUUUCUGUACCCGAAAUUGUUCCAACACGGGCGUAACUGUAACAAUUUUAUCCUUUGAAAGUGGCGGAGCUAGAAUUACUCACCGACAGCAAGGCGGAAGUUGCGGAGUCGAUGCUUUUGUCGGAAGAAGUAGAAAUCGCUGACGAUGCCGGGGGCAACAACGGUGGCGGGGGCGACCACGGCGAAACAAUACCGGAACCAUCAUCGUCGGCUGCGUCCCCCGAAAAAAGCAAGACAGCGGAAGACGACAAGCUGUUCCCUCCACCACAGUUCGCCAAGCCGCAACCAAACCCAAGGAAGAAGCAGGAGCUGUACUUCGCGCUCAAGUAUCAAGUGCAAAAAUGUCUGGGUCUGGAAGGUGCCAGGUUUGUCAUGCGCAUGCUGUAUGAUCCAUGCCGCCUGUAAUGCAUGCUCUAGCAUCACAGAUUUUUAGAAUGCUUCCUGAUACCCAUUCCGCAUGAGAAAUGCCCUGUCCGCGCAACACAAACUUGACUGCUGUUGCUGGUCAAACAAUACAAUUUUUUUUGGAAUCCAAAGACUGACAGCAUUACAAUCCAGACCCAUACAUAUUUGCAAUCCAUAUCAAGGAGGCGGAACGGAUAAAACAGGAAAACGAGGCGAACACGCUGGUGAGGCUGGCGGAGGAGUGCAGGCUAGAUUACUUGAAACAAAACUCCUCGACGUCUAGUAGUAUGCACAGGGAAGUCGAAGUUAUUUACCGUAGACAAUUGGCACAGAAAAUGCAGUCCCGUACUCUUGUUGGGCUUCAAAUCAUCUGGCAUUUCUAUUUCACUAGUACUUGUUGUUGUGAGCAGGUGCAGGAUUGCGGUAAAUUUCUAUUGCAUAGAAACCAGCACAAGCAGUUCAGUUUCCGACGCCGCCAAACGGGAAUCGAUGAAGUUGCAGCUUGAUCACUGGAAGAAGCAGGGCUAUCCGCUUUUGUCCUGCUCUAUCAAAUGUAAAAAUGUCUGGGUCUGGAACAAAACAACUUGUCAUGCUAAAUCUGAAUCAUGUAAAAAUCUGUCUUGCAUGAUUACCAAAAGCUGUCCUCUUUCGACCUAAUCGCGAGGCAGUUUCUCAUGCAGGAGAGGCAUGAUAGAACUCUUGCAGAAUCUGUCAUGCCAUUUCCUACAUACCAGACCUCAUGGGUCAUGGAAAACCUGCAUGACAAGUCUGGCAUUCUUCCAGACCCAGACAUUUUUGCAUUUGAUAUGCUCGAAACUGCUCGUUUCCAGCAAGGAUUCGGACUUACUUCCCGAAAACGCCUAUCCUGAGUAAAAACGUACCCACGCCAGAGUUGUAAUGCAGAUUUGCAAAGACGGGAAGACUUGUAAUGCGCAUCCCCAUGAGAGCCAUUUCCAAUCGUGUUUUGGAAUUUGUGAUGCUGUGAACAGGAUGAGCAGCUGGAUAUGUGACGCGGCUGCACUUGCUAACCUGCACUACACUGCAGAGUGCAACUUGUCAUGCGUGACUCACAAAACUCCUAGGUUUGUGUUGCAAAAUCCCCAUCCUGACUCUGGUGUGGGUACGUUUUUACUCAGGAUAACGCCAGUCUGGGCAUCGCGCUCUCCAUCUGGAGCUGUGGCGCCGGGCCCUUCGCCGCGGAGUGCAAAUACAGUGGGGGCGGAGCAGGGGAGAGUAGGUAGUUUGGUGUUCUUGCGAUUUUCUUUUUUCGCUUUUUAUGUGAUAAAUUAGUGUCGACACCAACGCAACUCGAACUCCAACAUCCAUGGCGGGGUCUCGAUUCUGAUUUGGUUUUGAAAGACCACAUCAUAGAAAAGGGAGAAAAAAGUCCGAUCGAUGGCCUUCGACGGAUGUUGCGGUAGACACGCAAAUAAAUGCUUCACGACUCGUCGGAGGUUCUGAGCGGAUGCUUCACGACUCGUCGGAUAUGAAGAAUACCGUUAGGCACGGGAACUCCUUUCACAAAACAAUCACAAAGUAAUAGUAAAAUUUUUCCCCUCUACAGUUCGUCCUCCAGUACCGCAACUUCCGGCCUUCCGCCCCUGAACGCGUUCGAGAUCACGAUGAAGCACCUCGCUGCCAUCCGUUCGGAGCUCGCGACGCAGCUCGGCGCCGCCCCCGAUACUAGCAGCGCCACCUCUGCGGCGGAGCCGCUUUCCCUUCCGGCCAGUGCGACGCUGGCGGACGGCGUCACGAUGCUGGAGAAAACCAUGAGGCAGCUGUUUCCAACCUUGCACACGGAAUCAGAGGAGAAGGCCGGGAUCCGCAGUCGGAAAAGGAUCGAGUACACGGAGCCAGAGAACAUGAACCGCUCGGAAGACGAUAACCAGUCUGGUAUUCUCAGUAAAAACGUCCACACGCCUUCCCAUAGUCAAGAUGGCGGUAUGAAUCGGCUACACAAAUGAAAAAGUUCUGGCUGUAGUUGCGCAUGACGCAUCUGGGCUCCUAGUGUAGUAGUCGUGUGUACGCUUAGCUAGUGCACUCGCACGAGCAGAGACCUAUCACCUUAUCAUUGCACCUCCUAGAGCACCAUAACAAACUCCUCGCCCCAAACAGAAGAAACUACAAAACGCUCUUCAUGGGGCUGCGUAUGAAAAACAUUUGAAGCAUCGAGAUUUGCAUGACAAGUCUGGGAAGAUGGAAGACGUGUUUCCACUGGAUACCGGGGUUGGAGACCAUGCCGCAGGAUAUGAUUCCGAAGGAGAAGAUUUUUGCAAAUUUCCUCAAGGAAGCGGAAGAAGUGGAUGUCGUCUAUGACAUCGAGCGAAAGCCGUAUGGCACGAAAUUCUUCUACGAAAUUCUCGUCGACUGCAAUAUACGCAGUGUAAAAGUAGAAAUAUCGUUCGUACUAGUAGCAAUUAUUGCAUCACAAAUUUUUCCACAGAAGAACAAGAAAAUGUAGCUUGUCAUGCAGAAUCAGUUAUGGAAGAACGAAAAACUACUGAAACGUCAGUGACGCAUGAUUGCGAGUUCUAGUACAAGUACGAUAGCCUUUUCGUUUUCCAGUCGAUACAUAUCCAAGAAAAAAACAUUGUAGGUGUAACUUUUUUGGAGGAACAGCAUUACAAAUCUGUCUGGCGUGACAACAAAAACCUGUCAUGCGCAAAUUAAUAGUAAGUGAAAACGCCCUUUAAUGGAGCCUACAAUGCAUGCCAAGCAUGACAGACGCAAUCACCUUGCAUGUUGCGCAUCACAAAUUUACAUUAGCAGCGUUUUUUUCUUGGAUAAUACAGUAUGAACAAAGUGAACACGACGAUCAACGACGAAGUCGUCGAUUUGGUGACGUUAUGAAAUGCAAAUAUGUCUGGGUCUGGAAACUUGUGAUGCUGGUUGGCGAAUCAAGAGAACGCCAGAAAUGACGGCUCAGCAUGACAGGUUUUUGAGUCGCUUGGUGUUGCCUAUUCUGCAUGAGAAGCUGGGUUUUUGCAUGACACAAAAGUGGCGCUUUUGGGUACCUUGCAUGACAGACUUGACAGUCAUGCUAGCAGAGCAUGACAAACCUGGCACUUUUCCAGACCCAGACACUUUUGCAUUUCAUAGACGUUUGAACCGGUGGAGAACGUGGCCGAGCUAUCCAGGAAAAAAACUGUGUAACUGUAAUUUUGUAGGAAGAGCAGCAUGAUCACAAAUUCGUUUUGCAUUACAGGAAAACCUGUCAUGCGCAGCUAGUUGUGCGUGAAAAGGAAAACACGUAUGAAAGUAGCCUAAGACGCAGAUCCAGCAUGACAACUGUAACAGUUUUGCAUUUUCUGCAUCACAGACUUGCACUCGCAUAGUUUUUUUCUUGCAUACGACCCGCUCCCGGAUGAGGAGUACGCGGCGAAAGUCCAGGAGGAAGCGGAAUCGCUUAUCAGAUUGAACAGUGUCUUCACCCCACAACUAACUUGAAAGUACUUUAUUUGUAUCUAUAGGCAAAACUUCCCAAAAAUCCCAAUCUGAAGAUAAAUAAACUAUUCUCCAUGUUGUCGCAUGUCUCAGCGUCGGCAUCGCAAUUUUUUGAUGGUGCGUUGCAACAAUUUUAAUUCCAGAAGAGCCCAAAAAGAAAAACCGCCGGGCCUGUUUUAGGACAGAUGCUUUGCGCACCGAGAUAGAUUCGGCAUUAGAGAGACUCAUAGUCCCUUCAUGCAAGACAAAAUGGGUUGAGGUCAUGUGAAAAGCUUCAUGCAAGACAAAAAGUGACCAUGUGGAAGUGAAAACGUAAACUUUGCAUCAGAAAUGUUCCCAACUAACUUUCGGGGGUGGGGCGCUUUUCACUGUAAUAUCGUGGCAGAAAGAGGCGGAGGAACAGGGAACGGAACUGGACCCGGAAGAGGAGCAAAGAAUAGCAGCCGAGCAGGAGGAGAAACGGAAAACGCACCUGGCAAAGUGGGAGCGCCGGUGUUUCGUGCUGCAGUUUCCGGAAAACAUGUAUUUCGUGGAGGGGAAGCUGCAGGCGAAAGUGGGUAUGGAUUGCAAAAAUGUCUGGGUCUGGAAAAUUGCAGCUUGUCAUGCUAAAUCUGGAUCAUGCAAAAAUCUGUGUUGCAUGAGUGCCAAAAGCUGCACACUUUCGGCCAAGUUGGGAGGGGAUUAAUUUCUCAUGCAGGAUAGGCAUUAGAAAGGUCUCGCAGAAUCUGUCAUGCUAAGUCCUACAUACCAGACCUCAUGGCUCAUAGAAAACCUGCAUGACAAAUCUGGCAAUCUUCCAGACCCAGACAUUUUUGCAUUUGAUAGUGGGCAGCGUGUGGCAAAUACCGAAGGUGGUCGUGCGGAAAAAUCCCGAGGUUGCGACUUGGAUAGAGGAGUACAUCAGGACUUCCACGAUUCAUUGAAUUUUUUCAUUUUUGCUGUUACAACGCGAUGAAUUUUUUCGAGAGUCUACCAUGCAUGGAGCUUGCAGUGACAAGUUGUCACUGACAGCUCCGAUUUCUUUAUUUGCGACCUAGCGCAUGCGUGCAUGCGUGCAUCUGUAUUCUUCCGUGAGGAGAACUACAACAUUGGAAACGAUAUCCGCACGUACAAAACAAAACAAUUGUGUUAAAUUGGUUCACAAAGGUAUGGCGCCCGCCUUUCCGGGUCCAAGCCCUCCACCGCGAACUCGAUGCAGCCCCCUCCUGAGGGCGAGGAACAGGAACCCAUUCCUCCCAAGCCCGACCAUUUCUCCGAGACGCUUGGGGAAUACUGCAACAAGCUCGAGUCCUUGAGUAACUUGAAAUCGCAGGAAAACAAGUCCGAGUCCGAGCAAACUGCGACGAUCACACUCAUCAACCCACUACCCUCGUCCUCGAUUUUCUGUUCGAAGCCGUUGAAAAUGCGGUUCCGCGGCACCAAAACGAAGACCAAGACGGUGAUUACCGACCCGAGCGGCGCCAUCGGUGCGGCGUACGGCUGCUACCGGCACACCAUGCAGGAGGGCCCGGGCUUCACGAUCAGUGAGAUGAUGAUGCUGAGCGAGAAGUCGUUAUCCUGAGUAAAAACGUCCCCACCCCAUAGUCAUGAUGGGAAAUCAGCUAGACAAAUCUACACGCUUAGGGCGUUCUUGCGCAUAACAAGUUCGGUCCCGUGCUGUAGUCCUGUUUACCUCGUUCAGAAGCAUCACACAUCUAGCCUACCAUGCUGAUCCGAGCACUACAAAUUCCAAAACACGGCUAGCAACUCCUGUCAUGCUCAUGUGCUGGCCCCGCAUGAGAAACAUUUUGAGCAUGUGUUUUUGCAUGACAACUCGGGGGUGGGGACGUUUUUACUCAGGAUAGUCGUGGCAGCCGAGUUUGAUUGAGUUGGACAGUGACGCACUGGAGAAAGCCGCAAGCAUAUCGCAAGAAAAAAGUGUUACAGUUACACAUUGUGUUGCAGGCCAAGCAAGACAGACGUUCUCUGUCAUGCCGGAUAUGCAUAGAAGCCUCGUUUCAUGGGUUUUUUUCCCUAGGAUUUCUGCAAUACUCUCAUGCAGAGAAAUUUGUGUUGCCGAAUUGACUACAAGUGUGUAUAUUGUAGCACUUUUUUCGUGGGAUAAAGCACGAGUCUCGGGAUGGUGUUGGCAUUGCCCCGGUCCGCGCGACUCUGGGACUUACCGGUUGCGAGUUUGAGCACCGAGGGCGGCGCACCAGCAGUAGACGGCACCGACGAGGGUGUCGCGGGUACUAAAACCAGCAGCUCCAGUAAAUUUGGCGCGCUGAUGACGCAAUUUUUCUUGCAGGUCGCAGCUGUCGUGGACGAUGGUGGAGCGAUGGGAAGAGGUGCGAGCUCUACUAUCCACCUGUGUAAAAACGUGUUUUUGAUGCCCCCACCUGAUACGAUUGUCAAAUCUGCUUUAACAGGCAAAAUUUUCCGAAGCUCCGAGACUCGCGCAUGCAAAGCUUCGGUAGGUUAUGGUGUGGUAGUCGUGCUUAGCCUGCUAGUGGUCUUCUGACCGCGAUGUCAAAGACAUACUGUCUGCCUCUAAUUAGAGGUUGACAAAUUUCGAUUUCCAAACGUAAUUAGAGAAACGAUGCCAUGAGAAGCGGCCCUCGCAUGAGACAGACACAUUCUGAGCAUUGAGAUGUGCAUGACAAAAACCCGGCGUGCUGGCGGGUACUUACGUUUUUACACAGGAUGCCUAGUUCCCAAAGUUCCUCGGCCAACCGCGGUGCAGGAGGUCCUGCACGACGGGAUGAUAUCACCGACCCCUCGAUGGUGGUUCCCGAUGACGAGCUUAGUUACACGGAGUUUGCGGACGCGUUGACGUCGCUGGACGUUAUCAAAGUGAAAAAUCCCCCCUCCCCAUAUCGAACCGGGGAUUUCUGUUGCUGGAUUUGUGUACACAAAGCAGCUCGGUCUUGCAGUGCGGCACUGCAGGCAGAGCCUAGGCCGGCGAAGGAGUGUUUUGGUGUAGGUGCGUAGCAUAGCAGAGGCCUGCCAUGUGGCCGCAUCAGCAUUCCAAAUCGCCUGCAUAAUGCGGCGGAUUCUUUGGCUUUACCUUCUUGCAAGAGAAGCGGGAUUUGUGGCCACAAAUCAGCAUCGCAAACUUGUAAAAAGCUGCAUACCUUUUCACUCAGUAGGGGGAGGGGGAUUUUUUCCUCACAAUAGACGUGUUCGUACGGUCUGCGUCCACGCUGCUCGGCUACGCGGUGGAUAAGGUCGAAGAUCCGAACAAGUCGGAAAAUUCCGAAAAUUCCCGCCCGGGCAGCAAACAGUCGGGGACCAGUAAAAAGUCGAGCUCCCAGAAAACGUCGUCCGACCUGGAAGAGCAGGGUGGUGCCAUCUCCAUCAAAAAACGGUACAUUUCGCCGGAAGAGCAAAACUUCGUGCGGAAACGGUUCUGCGAACCCCUGCUCUGCCCGUUUCUGAACGCCGGUGGUGGUGGUGGGGAACAGAGUAAAAAGGCGACGAUUACACGGUCCGACUUUUGCUAUCUGGGGCAAUUCAACGGAUUCGCCAGUUUUCAAGUGAUGCAGAUGCUGCUGGGCGUGCUCAUCGAGUCGUUUCCGGACUUGACGGACAAGUACCAAUUGGUUGGCGACGCGGUCUUUUCCCUGGCCGCAGACGAAGAGGAGGACGAGGAGGACACCGGGGCGGUGAAGGUGGCACCCACAAAAUUGCCCUGCAUCGAUUUCUAUGCAUUGCAAAUAAGUAUGUCUGGGCCUGGCAACUUGUGAUGCUGGGUGGCGUAUCAUGAGGAGGCCACGAGUGCUGGCUCAGCAUGACAAGUUUCUGAGCUUCUAGGUGUUGCCUAUUCUGCAUGACAGCCUGUGUUUCUGCAUGACAGAAAAAUGGCGCUCUUGGGUAACGUGCAUGACAGAUUUGGGAGUCAUGCCAGACAAGCAUGACGAACUCAAACAUGCAUUCUUCCAGACCCAGCCAUAUUUGCACAUUAUAACUUCGUCGACAGAAUGCAGAAUUUGCCGGGGAAGGCCAGAAGAGGGAAGGAUGCGAUGGAGAAGGUACGACUCACUAGUUGAACUAAGUUGUACGAUUUCGUACGCGACGAAAGCAGGGCAAGUUGUGCAACAACGAACUGACUCAGGAUCAUUUAUUUUGCUUCGUCCUCCCACUAGUACUACUUGUACUUCUUAUGCGUGCUAUAAUAGGGCAUUUUAGUAUGUGCUUCCGAACAAAAGCAAAACACUAUUUCGACAAGGUCUUUGUGGCCCUGCACACUGACCGCACGGCGAUUGAUCCGAGCUCCAAUCAAACCGGGUUGUCGAAGCUCGACCUGAAUCAGCUCCCCAUCUUUGCUACGCAUUGCAAACGUGUCGCACUACUACGUAGAAAUUCCAUUCCAAAGGAGCUACUCAAAAGAAAAGGUGGAAUCUGUAAAAAUGCUCACUCCACUUCCACACCGACAGCAGGCAAGAAGGUAGAUUUGUCAUGUUGUACUGCAUUUUAUACUUCUAUGUUUAUCUACGAGCAGUGCGAUAUAAUUGCUUUUGCACGGGAUAUAUGCGCAGCUUCAGAAAUUUGCGCAAGUAGGCCGGUUAUCAAAUGUAAAAGUGUCUGGGUUUGGAAGAAUGCAACUUCUCAUGCUGCAUUUGGAUUCCAAAAAGAUCUGUAUUGCAUGAGUACCAAAGGAUAUGUAAUUUUUGCUACGCGGAGAGGGCAUUUGUCAUGCGGAAUAGGCAUCAAGUUCAAGAAGCUCACAAAAAAUCUGUGAUGCUAGGGCAUGCAUCACAGACAUCAGGGCUCAUGCAAACCGUGCAUGACAAGUGUCAGAAUCUUCCAGACCCAGACACUUUUACACUUGAUAUCGGUUGAAGGACUUUCUUUUCGCUGAAUUCGGCGAUUUGCUGAACGUCUUCAAGUAUCCACUGCAGAAGUUUCGCACUUGUACUGAUCUCGGUCGUGCAUGACAGAUCUAUUGCCUAUUAAAGGGAAUCCGCAUUGGAAAUUGCAUUCGAUUUGUUGGAAAAAAUAAAAAUUUCUAUUGCAAAUCGUACGUAGUGCGAUACUUUUGCAAUGCAUAUCGAGCAUUUGGAGCAAAAGCUAGGCGACGCCUCGGAGCUGGAGUAUCAGUUGAAACUGGAGCAAGAGGUGGAGAUCCUCAAGUCCGCCGAUAUGAAGAAAAAGCGGCAGCUAGAACUGGAGAAAAAGAAGGAAUUCGAAGAGAACGGGGGGAAGUCGGUGCAGGAAGUACUGGAGAAUAUGCAUUGCAAAAGUAUUGUACUAGUAUAAAUUGCAUAUCAAAUUUUCCCAAGAACAAAAAUGCAGUUUGUCAUGCUAUUUCAGGUAGAAAGUUGGAUUCGUCGUGCAUAUCUGCAAUUUAUUAGUACGAAUGCGAUACUUUUGCACAGGAAAGAGAACCGGGUAUUGCAAUUGCUACCGGGAAAAGUGCCCGUAGCGGCGUUUGGGAAAUUUCUGUUGGAAGAUCGACCCGCGGAAUUCGGUGGCAAGUUCAGCGAAGAUCAGUGCAAACAGGUAUGAUAGAUUUAUCAGACGACGCGGCUUUAUUUACUUUUCCUAGGGGAAGACAAAGAGAAAGACGUUGUCGUUGAAAUGGUGCUGGUGGAAAAUACUCCUAAAAAAAAGGUCGACAGAAAGUAUAAAUAUUAUGAGCAAUUUUUCUAAGAAAUUUUACGAAAAGAUAAACGCACAACAGAUCCUGGCCAUCCUCGACCCGGAAAAGAAAGGCUACCUGACUUCGAGCACCUUCACGAAGUUGCACGAUUUCCACUUGGUGCUGUUUCUGGAUCAGCUGCAGCUGUUGAGACCUACGCCUUGCAAAAGUCGUGUCGACGUAGCUCGUAGUACCAUUAGCUCUGUGCUGUUUCUAAGUUCGGAAAAUGGAGGACGCGUGAAGGGUAUAGCACGGGUCCUUGGAUCAAGAAUUGCCACGACGCGAAAUUUUGGCAUUUGGUCUCAAGAACAUGAUGCCAGGGUUGAUUCUUAUUGGAUAACGAUAAACACAGGGGUUGACCACCAGAAUGUCAAUGUUGUCAUGCUACUACCACGAUGAAAAUGAAAAUAAAACGCGACCGCACUUUUGCGCGUGAUACCAAAAUUUCUGAAGCAAAAAUACGAAUCCUGCGCAGCAGCCUUCAACGUCAUCGCCAAGGAGCAAGAGGAAAUCAGCAGGGCAGACUUUGUUGGGAGAUUCGGCACGAUUUUCAACUGCCCCGACGCAACGGCGGAUAUCAAAUGGAAAAAAACUGCAAUGCGAUGUAGUGUGUUUGUGCAGAACAUAAAUUUUGAUGACCACAAGGAGCUCAAUUAAACAUCAGAGACGCCUUCUGGCAAGAGUAAAUUAACGAGUCUGGUGUCUCGGCCUGCUCGUGAGCUUAGUGCCAAACGGUAGGUGAAGAUGUACUCCUGAUAAUCGUAGUCGCAACGUUACUAGUGAUGUAAGUAUUAUGGAGACGCUUGUAUGGCCAGUCAGGCUAUACAAAUCUUCGCACUACAACUCGGACUUUUUGGUAUGCAGUCAGAAAACGUGUUGUUUCAGUUUUUCUCCCCUACAUCGGAGCUGCCGAAUUUGUUGUUUACGUUGCUAGACUGGAGCGGAAUCGACGUAUUUUGAAUCCUUAUGGGUUUUGAAAGAUAAAGAUCUGCAUCUGCAUGUGAAAUCUUCUACUGCUUGUUCGUUCCUACGCAAUAUGUUUCCUUGUCAUGCUGUUUUCACUGUCGGUUCUUGGCUUCUCCUUCCGCCCCGUGUUGUCGCGAUCGGUGGACUUGGAUCAGCAGCAAUUAUAGUGUAAAAUGAAACGCGAUCUUCCACACCAGGUCGUUACCGAGGCGGAUUUCAUCGUGCUGGAGCACAUGAACCUUUCCCAAGUGAAGUUGAUGGUAUCCGACGUGAAGGUCAGUGACCAGCUGGAAGUACUGAGGCAGGAUCUCCAGCGCGCCACCGGGCUCGAGCAGGACGCAAAAGAUUGGUCGCUGUUUUGGGAUAUGCACAGGACAACAGACCUGAUGCUGCGGACAGGCGGUCCUCCGGAACUAAAAAGAAUGCAGGGAUAAGGAUAUCUAUGGAAGAUCUGAUGUCAUGUUCAUGUAUAGUUCGUAGCCAAGCCGCCAUUUGGUAAUGGCUUCAGGGCACGAACGAAAGACAAAGUUCUUGACAAACUGCGCCACUUUUGCAUCGCUGCAAGCAUGUACGUUUAUGCUUUUCCGGGAACCGCCUGAGACAAUCG